AUGUUACGCGCCUGUCGCCGGUUUUGUGCGGCGGGGGCGGCGGCGGCCCCCACAUCGGCCGACAUCGCUGCCGCCUUCCGUGUGUUGGGACUUGACGCCGGCAACCCGCAGCACGCCACCAGCGAGCGGGUGCGGGCGCAGUAUUUGCACCUCGCGAGGCUGCAUCACCCCGAUUUGAGUAGUGGCGACGACCAAAAAAUGAAAGUUGUCAACACGGCGUACGAGAUGCUGCAGAGAAGCGGUGUGCUUAAUGCGCCCCUCAGCAAGAGGAGGUCCGAGCAGAGUGCGGAGGAGAAGCGUGAGGGUGGCGGCACGGGGGAGACGCGGUUUGCGGCCAAGGCGAAGCUGCGGCGGCGUCGCGUGCCGGAUGACUUUGCGGAUGGCGACACGUGGAGCAUGAAGUCCACGCUGGAGUGGGAGACGUGGAUGAACUCCACGUUUGGCCUCAACAGCGUGAGUGACGAGGAGCUGCGGAAUCCCGCAAACCACCCGUUUAGUCACAGCAAGUUCUUCACCUUCGAGGACGACACCGCCAUUUAUCGCAUGCUGCGUGGCGGAGCGACGGUCCGACAGGUCGCCCGGACCCUCGGGAAGUCCCCCACAUUUGUGGAGCGGCGGCUUCAUAAUGCGCAGUUCAAGCAGCGCAUUCAGUACGUCCUACGACAUGAGCGACGACUCCGUCAGCAGCCGCAGCAGGGGGCGCAUUCAGGCGGAAAGACGAAGACGACGGCAGCAGCAGCAACCGCAGGCGGCGAUGGGCGGCGAAAGAAGGAAUGGGAGCCGACCAUUCCAAACUUCGAUUCUCCCACCUUCUUUGAAGAGAUGAGUUUGGAAGAAAAGGGGAUUCAUGCAGGAUUGUUGCGGGAAGAGGAGCGGCAACAGCACGUGCCACUUUCAUGGACGCGAGUCGCAUCAAAAGUAGGACAGUCAUACGCAAACUACGCACGAUUUGCAGGAAAACCAAGGAGCAAACCAUAA